AUGGCGCAAGCUACGUUUAACCGAGACGGUGAAAAGAUGGAAACAUUUAGGUUGGUGAGUGGGCAUCUCUUCCCUGCCUUCGGACUCGACACUUGGAAAUCUCAAUCUUCUCGACAUUCUGUUCAAACUGCUCUUCUUCAGGCUGGUUGCAGGCAUGUUGAAACCGCGGCCCAAUAUGGAGUUCAAAUAGAGAUUCAUUGGCCGUUUAGGUUGAGAGAGGGGGCGAGCAAACCGCCCCGAGGGGACGAUGUAUUGGAGUUGUGGCGGGAAAUGGUGGUGGAGGGUUUUGUGAGGGAUAUUGGAGUUUGCAAUUUCACCCUUGAGAAAUUGGAUAAGCUAUUGAGUUUUGCUAAGAUCAAGCCUUCAGUUUGUGAGAUGGAGAUGCAACCGGGUUGGCGCAACGACAAGAUGCUGGAGGCUUGUAAGAAAAACAGCAUCCAUGUCACGGCAUACUCGCCUAUGGAGGCUGAGCACGAUCCGGUGGUGGAUAGACUAGCGAAGAAGCUAAACAAGAGCCCGGAGCAGGUGCUUGCGAAAUGGGCUAUUCAAAGAGGGACUAGCACUAUUAUUCCAAAAUCCGAUACAAUUCAUGAGAAUCUCCAUGUUUUUCAAUGGGAGAUACCAUCUGAAGACUUCCAAUCUCUUUCUACCAUUCAUCAUCAGAAACGAGUGUUGGAUGGUGAAGACCUCUUCGUCAACAAGACCGAAGGGCCCCUUAGGAGCAUUGCCGAUGUAUGGGACCACGAGGAUCGAAUAUGUAAUGCAUGCCUACAAUAUUUUCUAUUUUACAUUUAUAAUACAUUGAUGAUGAUUAAUUAG